CGGCGCGCGGGCACGCUGGGGGCGGGCCCGGCGCGCCCGACGCUUCCAGAAGGCCCGGACAUCGCUCUGGCAGCCACGCUGAACCAUUCUUGGUCACUGCUUUGGUUAAUCUUCUUGGUUUUCCGUUGCGGGCUUAGCCAUGGCCGCCGUGAAGACCCUGAACCCCAAGGCCGAGGUGGCCAGAGCCCAGGCGGCGCUGGCGGUCAACAUCAGCGCAGCCCGGGGGCUACAGGACGUGCUGAGGACCAACUUGGGGCCUAAAGGCACCAUGAAGAUGCUUGUUUCUGGCGCUGGUGAAAUCAAGCUUACCAAAGACGGCAAUGUUCUGCUCCAUGAAAUGCAAAUCCAGCACCCGACUGCCUCGUUAAUAGCCAAAGUGGCGACGGCGCAGGAUGACAUAACUGGCGAUGGUACGACUUCCAAUGUGCUCAUCAUCGGGGAGCUGCUGAAGCAGGCGGAUCUCUACAUUUCUGAGGGUCUUCAUCCCAGAAUAAUCACUGAAGGAUUUGAAGCUGCAAAGGAAAAGGCCCUUCAGGUUUUGGAACGAAUCAAAGUAAACAGAGAGAUGGACAGAGAGACACUUAUAGACGUGGCCAGGACAUCUCUGCGCACAAAGGUUCAUGCUGAGCUUGCAGAUGUCUUAACAGAGGCUGUAGUGGACUCCAUUUUGGCUAUUAAAAAACAAGACGAACCUAUUGACCUCUUCAUGGUUGAGAUCAUGGAGAUGAAACAUAAAUCUGAAACUGAUACAAGCUUAAUCAAAGGGCUUGUUUUGGACCACGGGGCGCGGCAUCCUGAUAUGAAGAAAAGAGUCGAGGAUGCAUACAUCCUCACAUGCAAUGUGUCCCUGGAAUAUGAGAAAACAGAAGUGAGUUCUGGGUUUUUUUACAAGAGUGCAGAAGAGAGAGAAAAACUAGUAAAAGCUGAAAGAAAAUUCAUUGAAGACCGAGUUAAAAAGAUAGUAGAACUGAAAAAGAAAGUCUGUGGCGAUUCAGAUAAAGGAUUUGUUGUUAUUAAUCAAAAGGGAAUCGACCCCCUUUCCUUAGAUGCUCUUGCCAAAGAAGGCAUAGUGGCUCUGCGCAGAGCCAAGAGGAGAAACAUGGAGAGGCUGACUCUUGCUUGCGGUGGAGUACCUCUGAAUUCUUUAGAUGACCUAAAUCCUGACUGUUUGGGACAUGCCGGACUUGUGUAUGAGUAUACAUUGGGAGAAGAGAAGUUCACCUUUAUUGAGAAAUGUAACAACCCUCGAUCUGUCACAUUACUGAUCAAAGGACCGAACAAGCACACACUAACUCAGAUCAAAGAUGCAGUAAGAGAUGGCUUAAGGGCUGUCAAAAAUGCUAUUGAUGAUGGCUGUGUGGUUCCUGGUGGUGGUGCAGUGGAAGUGGCAAUGGCCGAAGCACUGAUAAAAUACAAGUCUAGCGUAAAGGGCAGGGCCCAACUUGGAGUUCAGGCUUUUGCUGAUGCCUUGCUCAUUAUUCCCAAGGUUCUUGCUCAGAACUCUGGUUUUGACCUUCAGGAAACAUUAGUUAAAGUUCGAGCAGAACAUUCAGAAUCAGGCCAGCUUGUGGGUGUGGACUUGAACACAGGUGAACCCAUGAUAGCAGCGGAAGUAGGCAUAUGGGAUAACUACUGUGUCAAGAAACAGCUUCUUCACUCUUGCACUGUGAUCGCCACCAACAUUCUCUUGGUUGAUGAGAUCAUGCGAGCUGGGAUGUCUUCUCUGAAAGGUUGAAUCGACACUUCUGAAUCUGAAUCUGGAAGACUCUAGAAUGAUCCUGAAAACCAAGCUUCAAAUGCUUUUCAAAAGAAUUUUCCUUUUCCCAUCUGAAAUGAGAGCGCACUGACACCUGUUCAAGUUACGAUGUUCUGCAGUUAUAAUUACAGUAUUUUAAAAGCUGCACUGAGCGUGUACACUAUAAAGCAGAUCCGCUUUGCCCAGUGGACAGGAUGAUUUGCUUGAGCUGUAGUGAUUAAAUGACAUGUUAGACAAGUGUGUUAUCUACUUAUUAAAUACCCCUUUGAAAAAAAA